UUCUUAAGAAUAGCUGUCCAAGCUAAGUCUAGAUAUUUUAGUUAUUACAGAGGAAUUUUCAAACAAUUAAAAACUUAUGUUGAUGAUAUAUCCAAAGUUAUUAGUAGUAGUGAAGAUGAUACAACAAGUGUUAUUAAGAAAAAUAAUAUAACAUCAGAACAUACAAAAUAUGCAAACCAAGCUGAAAUAUUAUCCUGGUAUUAUUAUGCUGAAGGGUUUGAAAAAGAAGUAAAAAAAAUAUUAAAUAAUACUAGAAUAACUAUAAACAAGACAAAAUCAAAAGUUUAUAAAAAACUUUUGACCCAUCUUGUAGAUGUUGAUUUAUAA